UUCCGGGUGUGAUUGGUCGGGUGAACGCAGCGCUACAUCAAAGAUGGCUUAUUAUCAGCCAACAUUUGGUUCAUUUAGGAGUUAUAUUGUGACAGAAUAAGAGACAUCUUACAAGAAGAGAAGGCUGAGAGCCGGUGGUAGCUGUCGCGAGCAGUGUUAGCACUCUCGUUGCACUACGCACCUCUCGCUCUCUCCGUGUGCUAACGUUAACUUGUCCCGACUGUGCUAGCUAGUUAGCUGACAUAGUAAAUAUUAGCUAGUCAAGCAGGCUCGCUUAUUGUAGAUUGCUAAAAUGGCCACCAUGGAGAAACUGAUGAAGGCCUUUGAGUCUUUGAAGUCAUUCCAACAACAGCAGGGGCCUCCGACCGCUGAGGAGCUUGUCCAAAGACAAAAAAAGGAGCAAGCUACCACAAAGAAGGACAGGGUGACUCACUGUCUGACAAUAUGCGAAAACAUUGUUGCUCAGUCUCUGCGAACAUCUCCAGAGUUUCAGAAACUGCUCGGCAUCGCCAUGGAGAUGUUCCUGCUCUGCAGUGAUGACAGCGAAUCAGAUGUCCGGAUGGUAGCCGAUGAGUGCCUGAACAAAAUUAUCAAAGCGUUGAUGGACUCCAACUUGCCUAGACUCCAGCUGGAGCUGUACAAAGAAAUUAAAAAGAAUGGUGCCUCUCGGAGUCUGAGGGCAGCUUUGUGGAGGUUUGCUGAGCUUGCCCACCUCAUCAGACCACAGAAAUGCAGACCCUACCUGGUCAACCUGUUGCCGUGCCUCACCAGAAUCACCAAGCGGCAGGAGGAGAUGGUACAGGAGACACUGGCUGCAGCAAUGCCCAAAAUCAUGUCAGCUUUGGGCCAUUUUGCUAAUGAUAGUGAGAUUAAGGUGCUGCUGAAGUCUUUUGUGGCCAAUCUGAAGUCCAGCUCUCCCACUAUCAGACGGACAGCAGCCAGCUCAGCUGUCAGUGUGUGCCAACACUCCAGACGCACCAGCUACUUCUACACCUGGCUUCUUAAUGUGUUGCUGGGUCUGCUGGUUCCAGUGGAUGAGGAACACCCGAGCCAUCUUAUUCUAGGGGUGCUGUUAACACUUCGCUAUCUGAUGCCUCUGCUGCAGCAGCAAGUCAACACCACCAGCCUCAAAGGAAGCUUUGGAGUCAUGAGAAAAGAGGCUGAUGUACAGCCAACACCUGAACAGCUGCUACAGGUGUACGAGCUGACCCUACACUACACGCAGCACUGGGAUCACAAUGUGGUCACAGCUGCUCUGGAGCUCCUGCAGCAGGUGUUCAGGACUCCUCCGCCAGAGCUUUUGCACAUGCUCAUCACUCCCGGCAGCAUUCUACAUGCCAGUGUGUUUCGACAGGACACUGAAAACCGGGCGCGUUCUGGGAGCAUCCUUGAGCUCAUUGCAGGGGGAGGGUCUUCCUGCAGUCCACUCCUUCUCAGGAAACAGAGAGGUAAAAUGCUCUCUGGGGAGGAAGAUGCGUUGGAGGAUGACCCUGAGAGGACUGAGGUCACGACCGGCGCCUUCACAGCAUCAGUUGUAGGUGCAGAUGGCUCAUCUGCGGCCCAGGUGGACAUCAUCACCGAGCAGCCACGCUCCUCCCAACACACUCUGCAACCCGGUGACUCUGUGGACCUCAGUGCCUCCUCAGAACAGGGCGGCGGUGGAGGCGGGACAUCUGCAUCAGGCACCCCAGAGUCACCCAAUGACAAUGAGGAGGAAAUGCUGAGUCAGAGCUCCAGUGGUGGAGCCAACGUUACACCAGAAACAGCUGACUACACCACACCGGAGAACGCCACUCCAGAGGGUGGACCCUUAGGAGAAGGAGGGCCACUCCUAGGCACUAAUGAUCGCUCACUUCCACCCAGCGACUCCUCUCAGACCACCACAGAGGGACCGGACUCGGCUGUCACCCCUUCAGACGUAGCAGAACUGUCGCGCACUCCAUUGCCACGGGUGAUUGAGCCAUCCCCACCCUCGCCAACUUCCACAGAGGGUCCCGAUGCCACAGACAGCGACUCCUCUGUCUACACUGCUUCCUCUUCAUCGUCUUCUUUCUCUUUCACCUCUUCUUCCUCCUUCUAUGCCACCUCCUCCUCUAGCACUAGUGACAAGGUCCUGGAUGGCAGUGAGAGUCAGUACUCUGGGAUGCAGAUCGGAACACUACAAGAUGAAGAGGAUGAAGGAACAGCAUCUUCCUCCCAAGAAGAACCCACAGAACCCUUCCUGCAGUCAGCACUGGCUCUGAGCAAACCCCACCUCUUUGAAGGCAGAGGUCACAACCGGCAGGGCUCAGACAGCAGCGUGGACCGCUUCAUACCAAAGGACGAACCCGCUGAACCUGAACCUGAUAAUAAGCCAUCACGAAUAAAGGGUCCAAUUGGACACUAUACUGACCAAGGGGUGGAACCACUAGUGCACUGUGUACGACUUCUUGCUGCUUCCUUCUUGCUGACAGGCCAAAAAAAUGGUUUGAUUCCUGACAAAGAGGUGCGAGUAAGUGUGAAGGCCUUGGCAGUCAGCUGUGUUGGAGCAGCAGCGGCACUGCAUCCCGAAGCCUUUUUUAAUUCCCUCUAUCUGGAGCCGCUGGACGGUAUUCCAGUAGAAGAGCAGCAGUAUAUCAGUGAUGUUCUGGGCCUCAUAGACCAUGGGGACCCCCAGAUCAGAGGGGCCACAGCCAUCCUCUGUGGAGCCAUCAUACAGGCCGCUCUCACCAAAACACGCUACAACAUACACACUUGGCUGGCCAGUGUGAAUAGUGCAACAGGUAAUCCACUGUCCCUGGUGGACUUGGUGCCUUUGCUCCAAAAAGCUCUGAAAGACGAAUCCUCUGUCACCUGCAAGUUGGCUUGUUCUGCAGUGAGGCACUGCAUCAUGACGGUGUGCAGCAGUACACUGAGUGAGCUCGGCCUGCAGUUGGUAAUAGAUCUGUUUGCUCUGAGGGACUCCUCUUAUUGGCUCGUUCGCACUGAGCUCUUGGAAACUCUGGCUGAAUUGGAUUUCCGAUUAGUUAAUUUCUUGGAGAGGAAAACUGAGGCUUUACACAAAGGAGGUCACCACUACACUGGGCGUCUGCGACUGCAAGAAAGGGUCCUGAAUGAUGUGGUAAUACGUCUGUUGGGAGAUGAUGAUCCAAGAGUACGGCAUGUGGCUGCUUCGGCUGUCAGCAGACUGGUUCCCAGGUUGUUCUAUGACUGUGAUCAAGGCCAGGUGGAUCCAGUGGUGGCGAUAGCUCGGGACCAGAGUUCAGUCUACCUGCAGCUGCUUAUGCAUGAGACACAACCCCCCUCCCAGUUCACAGUUAGCACAAUCACAAGAACAUACCGAGGCUACAGUCUGUCCAACGCUGUGUCGGACGUCACAUUGGAGAACAACUUGUCCAGAGUUGUUACUGCUGUCUCCCACGCUUUCACCUCAUCUACCUCCAGAGCCCUGACUUUUGGCUGCUGUGAGGCCUUGUGCCUUCUGGCUUCAAAUUUUCCAGUGGGCACUUGGAGCACAGGCUGGCACUGUGGCUAUAUUAGCUCCAGCAGCCACUUUUCUUCCCGUUCCAGUCUGAACCGCAGCAGGGGCAGAGCUCUUAGUUUGUCACAGCCCAGCAGUGCUGCAGCCUCUUCGACCACCUCAUCUGCACCUGACACUGAGCGGAGGACUCUGACAGUAGGAAUGGCCAACAUGGUGCUCUCUUUACUCUCUUCUGCCUGGUUUCCACUGGAUCUCUCAGCACAUCAAGACGCACUCUUGCUUUCUGGCAACCUGCUUGCUGCUGUAGCUCCUAAAUGCAUGCGCAACCCUUGGGCUGGAGAGGAGGAAGGCAGUAGCGGAAACACCAGUGGAGGUCCAAAUAAGAUGGAAGAGCCUUGGGCGGCGCUGUCGGAGCGCUCCCUGGUGGCAAUGUUGGAGCAACUCUUCUCCCACCUGCUAAAGGUUCUCAACAUCUGCGCCCAUGUGUUGGAUGACACACCACCAGGACCAGCAGUUAAGGCUGCUCUUCCCUCACUGAGCAACACCCCCUCCCUCAGUCCCAUCCGUAGAAAAGGCAAGGAGAAGGAGGCUGCUGAGCCCAGUGCUGCCCCAAUGAGCCCAAAGAAAAGCAAUGAGGUCAACACAGGCAGACCAGCAGACAGCGCAGGGUCCACAGCAGUAAACAAAUCCACCACCCUGGGCAGCUUCUACCAUCUGCCCCCCUACCUCAAGCUCUAUGAUGUGCUCAAAGCUACACAUGCCAACUACAGGGUGACGUUGGACCUCCACAGCAGCCAGGAGAAGUUUGGAAGUUUCCUGCGUGCCACCUUAGAUGUUCUGUCUCAGCUGCUUGAGCUGGCUACACUACAUGACAUUGGCAAGUGUGUGGAGGAAAUCUUGGGAUACCUCAAGUCCUGCUUCUCCAGAGAACCAACCAUGGCUACUGUUUGUGUGCAACAGUUGUUGAAGACCCUGUUUGGGACCAACCUGGCCUCCCAGUAUGAGGGUGUCCUGAGUGGACCCAGCCGUUCCCAAGGCAAGGCUCUCCGUCUCGGCUCUUCUAGCCUCCGACCAGGCCUCUACCACUACUGCUUCAUGGCUCCUUACACACACUUCACCCAGGCUCUGGCUGAUGCUAGUCUUCGUAAUAUGGUGCAGGCUGAGCAGGAACAGGACACCUCUGGAUGGUUUGAUGUGAUGCAAAAAGCAUCCAAUCAGCUGAGGUCCAACAUUGCAAAUGCAACACGUAGCAGAGGAGAUAAGAAUGCCAUCCACAACCACAUUCGGCUGUUUGAACCGCUGGUGAUCAAAGCUUUGAAGCAGUACACCACCAGCACCUCUGUGGCCCUGCAGAGACAAGUGCUGGACCUUCUCGCCCAACUUGUGCAACUCAGAGUCAACUACUGCCUACUCGACUCAGAUCAGGUCUUCAUAGGCUUUGUUCUAAAGCAGUUUGAGUAUAUUGAAGUGGGACAGUUCCGAGAUUCUGAGGCCAUCAUUCCCAACAUCUUUUUCUUCCUGGUGCUGCUGUCUUACGAGCGCUACCAUUCCAAACAGAUUAUCAGCAUCCCCAAAAUUAUCCAACUCUGUGAUGGCAUCAUGGCCAGUGGCAGGAAGGCUGUCACACACGCUAUUCCAGCCUUGCAGCCAAUAGUUCAUGACCUGUUUGUCUUGAGGGGCUCAAACAAAGCAGAUGCAGGCAAAGAACUGGAUACACAGAAAGAAGUGGUGGUUUCUAUGCUGCUCAGGCUCGUACAGUACCAUCAGGUGUUGGAGAUGUUCAUCCUUGUACUGCAGCAGUGUCACAAAGAGAAUGAAGACAAGUGGAAGAGAUUGUCCAGACAGAUUGCUGAUGUUAUACUUCCCAUGAUUGCCAAGCAACAGAUGCAUCUGGACUCUCCAGAGGCACUGGGAGUGUUAAACACACUGUUUGAGACUGUGGCGCCUUCCUCUCUCAGACCUGUAGACAUGCUGCUCAAGAGUAUGUUCACCAUUCCAGUGACCAUGGCGUCUGUAGCUACAGUCCAGCUGUGGGUUUCUGGUAUCCUGGCAGUGCUCAGGGUACUAGUCUCCCAGUCCACUGAAGACAUUGUCCUGUCCCGGGUCCAUGAGCUCUCACUCUCCCCACAUCUCCUCUCCUGCCACACAAUCCGCCGCCUGCAUCAGCAGAGCCUCUCCCCCAAUGGCCAGCCUGCUGCUGACACACUCGCUAACCAAGAGGCUAAUGGUGAAUCACAAAAGGCUCCACCUGAGGAAACCUUUGCUCGGUUCCUCCUUCAGCUGGUAGGCGUGUUGCUGGAUGACAUUUCCACCAGGCAGGUUAAAGUGGACAUUACUGAGCAGCAACACACUUUCUACUGCCAACAGCUGGGCACACUGCUCAUGUGUCUCAUACAUGUCUUCAAAAGUGGAAUGUUUCGCAGGAUCACAGCUGCAGCUAGCCGUCUCCUAAAGGGCGAGAGUGCUGGUGGACAGACGGGCGCUGACGCCAGUCUCUUCUACCCCUUAGAGGGUCUGAACAGCAUGGUGCAGUGCCUCAUCACCACUCACCCAUCCCUGGUGCUCCUCUGGUGCCAGGUCCUCCUCAUCAUCAACUACACCAACUACUCCUGGUGGGCUGAGGUUCAUCAGACACCCAAAAGACACAGCCUUUCAUGCACAAAGCUGCUAAGCCCACACUCCUCAGGGGAAGGUGAAGAGGACAAGCCUGAGUCCCAGUUAGCCAUGGUCAACAGAGAGAUUGUUCGCAGAGGAGCCCUAAUCCUCUUCUGUGACUAUGUGUGUCAGAACCUCCAUGACUCAGAGCAUCUGACCUGGCUGAUUGUUAACCACGUGCGUGACCUCAUCAACCUUUCCCAUGAGCCUCCAGUGCAGGACUUCAUCAGCGCUGUCCACCGCAACUCAGCUGCCAGUGGCCUCUUUAUCCAGGCCAUUCAGUCCCGCUGCGACAACCUCACUACUCCAACCAUGUUGAAAAAGACUUUGCAGUGUUUGGAAGGUAUCCACCUCAGUCAGUCUGGUUCUCUCCUGAUGCUUUAUGUGGACAAGCUGCUCAGUACACCCUUCAGGGUUUUGGCUCGCAUGGUGGACACACUGGCAUGUCGCAGGGUAGAGAUGUUGCUGGCUGAGACACUACAGAAUAGUAUAGCCCAGCUACCUCUGGAGGAACUGGACAGGAUCCAAGAAUACCUCCAGUCCAGUGGCUUGGCUCAGAGGCAUCAGAGGUUCUACUCCCUGCUGGACAGGUUCAGAGCUACUGUUGCUGACACUAACAGCCCCACCCCCCCGGUGACAUCACACCCCCUAGAUGGAGAUCCACCCCCUGCCCCUGAACUGGUCAUUGCAGAUAAGGAGUGGUAUGUGGCUCUGGUGAAGUCUCAAUGCUGUCUUCGUGGAGAUGUUUCCCUGUUAGAGACAACAGAACUUCUUACCAAACUACCUCCCGCUGAUAUCUUCAACAUCAUGAGCUGCAAGGAGUUCAACCUUAGCCUGUUGUGUCCAUGCCUGAGUAUGGGAGUGCAGCGGUUAGCACGGGGUCAGGGGUCACUUUUGUUGGAGACAGCUUUGCAAGUGACCCUCGAGCAACUAGCAGGGGUCACUGGGUCACUUCCUGCCCCACACCAGUCCUUCCUGCCACCGCCCCAACCCCAACCCUACUGGGACCAACUGGGUGACGUUUAUGAUCAGUCAGGUUUCUACCCCAGGGUUUUGUCACUCUGCAGAGCACUGUCUCAGUAUCUGCUGACUGUGAACCAGCUGCCUUCUUCAUUACAUAUUCCCUCUGACAAAGAGCACCUCAUUACCACUUUCACCUGCACUGCCACUGAGGUUGUAGUGUGGCGUCUGCUCCAGAACCAAUUGCCCCUGAGUGUGGACCUGCAGUGGGCUCUGUCCUGCCUGUGUCUGGCCCUGCAGCAGCCCUGCGUCUGGAACAAACUCUCCAAACCAGAGUACUCCACACACACAUGCUCACUCAUCUACUGCCUACGCCUCAUUAUUGUUGCAGUGGCUGUAAGCCCUGGUGACCAGCUGCUGCAUCCAGAAAGAAAAAAGACAAAAGAAGAGAGAGAUGCUGAAGGAGACCAAGUUGAUUCACAUGCUGCCCACAUGUGCGAGUGGCAGGCAUGUGAGAUCAUGGCAGAGCUGGUGGAAGGCCUGCAGAGCGUCCUUUCUCUGGGUCACCAUAGAAACUGUGCGUUCCCCGCUUUUCUCACACCAACAUUGCGCAACAUUGUCAUCAGUCUAUCCCGGCUGCCUCUGGUCAAUAGUUACACCCGAGUACCUCCACUGGUUUGGAAACUGGGCUGGUCCCCUCAGCCAGGAGGAGAGUUCGGCACAACGCUGCCAGAGAUCCCUGUGGACUUCUUGCAGGAAAAGGACGUCUUCAGAGAGUUUCUCUACCGCAUCAACACACUGGGCUGGAGCAGCAGGACUCAGUUUGAGGAGACAUGGGCCACUUUGCUGGGGGUGCUGGUCACCCAACCCAUCACUAUGGACCAGGAAGAGGAGACGCAGCAGGAGGAGGACUUGGAGCGUACCCAGUUGAAUGUGCUAGCAGUGCAGGCCAUCACCAGCCUGGUGCUGAGUGCCAUGACCCUGCCCACCGCUGGCAACCCUGCAGUCAGCUGUCUGGAACAGCAGCCUCGCAACAAGAGCCUCAAAGCCCUAGAAACACGGUUUGGAAGGAAACUUGCAGUGAUUAGGGGUGAGGUGGAGAGAGAGAUUCAGGCUCUUGUGUCAAAGAGAGACAAUGUCCAUACACACCACCCUUACCACGCCUGGGACCCUGUGCCCUCACUGUCAGCAGCCUCCACAGCAGGUACACUGAUCAGCCAUGAGAAACUGCUGCUUCAGAUUAACACAGAGAGAGAAAUGGGCAACAUGGAUUACAAACUGGGGCAGGUCUCCAUCCAUUCAGUGUGGUUGGGCAACAACAUCACUCCUCUGAGGGAGGAAGAAUGGGGUGAGGAUGAAGAAGAUGAGGCAGACACUCCAGCACCCACCUCUCCACCAAUAUCGCCUAUAAACUCUAGGAAGCACCGUGCAGGGGUGGAUAUUCAUUCAUGCUCUCAGUUUCUCCUGGAGCUCUACAGCCAGUGGCUGAUCCCUGGCUCUCCCAGUAACAGAAGGACCCCAACCAUCCUCAUCAGUGAAGUGGUCCGAUCGCUGCUGGCGGUGUCGGACCUGUUCACAGAGAGGAACCAGUUUGACAUGAUGUUCUCCACCCUGAUGGAACUGCAGAAGCUCCACCCACCAGAGGAUGAAAUACUGAAUCAAUACCUGGUACCUGCCAUCUGCAAGGCUGCUGCUGUUUUGGGCAUGGACAAAGUAAUCGCAGAGCCUGUGUGCCGCCUGUUGGAGAUGACCCUGCGCAGCACCCACCUGCCCAGCCGUAUGGGGGCCCUGCAUGGGGUGCUUUAUGUGUUGGAGUGUGACCUGCUGGACGAUACAGCCAAACAGCUCAUCCCCACCGUCUCUGAAUACCUUCUAUCCAACCUCAGGGCUAUCGCUCACUGUGUGAACCUGCAUAACCAGCAGCAUGUGUUGGUGAUGUGUGCAGUGGCCUUUUACAUGAUGGAGAACUACCCUCUGGAUGUAGGGGCUGAGUUUAUGGCUGGAGUUAUACAGUUAUGUGGUGUGAUGGUGUCGGCCAGUGAGGACUCCACUCCCUCUGUCAUCUAUCACUGCGUGCUCCGUGGUCUGGAGCGCCUCCUGCUGUCUGAGCAGCUGUCACGUGUAGACGGGGAAGCGCUGGUCAAACUCAGCGUGGACCGAGUCAACAUGCCGUCACCGCAUAGAGCCAUGGCUGCCCUGGGUCUCAUGCUUACCUGCAUGUACACCGCGGUGCUUGCGUCGGGUUCAGACGUGACAGGGGUUAGAGGUCAGGUUGACUCUGGCUCUGCUGUUGCGGAGGCGGUGGGCGUCACGGCGGGUCAUGUUGGUUUCUCCUCAGGCAAGGAGAAAGCCAGCCCUGCCAGCCGCCCUGCCCACUCUGACCCUCAGGCCCCAGACAGCGAGUCAAUCAUUGUUGCCAUGGAGAGGGUCUCUGUGCUCUUCGACAGGAUUAGGAAGGGUUUACCCAGCGAGGCCCGGGUGGUGUCCAGGAUUCUGCCCCAGUUCCUGGAUGACUUCUUCCCGCCACAGGACGUCAUGAACAAGGUCAUCGGAGAGUUCCUGUCCAAUCAGCAACCUUAUCCUCAAUUCAUGGCCACCGUCGUGUAUAAGGUUUUCCAGACGCUCCAUGCUACAGGCCAGUCUUCCAUGGUGCGAGACUGGGUGCUGCUGUCUUUGUCCAACUUCACUCAGAGGACACCAGUGGCCAUGGCCAUGUGGAGCCUCUCCUGCUUCUUUGUCUCUGCUUCCACCUCCCAGUGGAUCUCAGCCCUACUGCCACAUGUGAUCAGCCGAAUGGGAUCCAGCGAGGUGGUGGACGUCAACCUGUUCUGCCUGGUGGCCAUGGAUUUCUACCGGCACCAAAUUGACGAGGAGCUGGACCGCAGGGCUUUCCAGUCCGUCUUUGAGACCGUGGCCUCGCCAGACAGCCCUUAUUACCAGCUGCUGGGCUGUCUGCAGUCAAUCCACCAGGAUACAUCGCUUUGAGGCCAGUGGACUGAGAUGCAGAGAGAGGUCAGGAGGAAGGAAGCAUGGGGAGAAAAGUGGAUUAGAGAGAGAUGUGGUAGAGUGAGAAAUUAGAUCUCCAUGUACACUUUCCUUACGAGUUGUGAUGGCGGCAAAGAACGGAAUGUUUUACUAGAAAAACCUACUGUAGCCUCAUCCUUUCCCCCCGCCUUUUCACCAAUAUGAAAAAAGUAGAACUACUGAACUCACCAGGAUGAAUUCAGUGGAUGAACGAAGGAGGUCAUCUAGUUUUAAAUGUUAAAUGUAAAAGGGGUAGUCCUCAAAAAGGAAGAGUGAGCUCCUAAAUCUGUAUGAAGGACACUGGCUGCAAAACUGUGGUUCUGCACACAACAAUCCCCCAACCCUUUCCAGACUGAUCUUCAAGACAUUACAGCACCUUGAACACUUCCUACCCAGCACCUUUUAUCAGAAAAAUAUAUAAAGAUAACAUAAAUUGAACACAGAAUUGGAUUUGUUUAUUUUCCUGUGAGGACUUGCUUGAGUAUUGUGAUGUCAGUAAAAUAAAACAGACAAAAAAAAAAUAGAAAAUGGAAAGUAUUUACUAUAUUUAAAGUUUCAAUGCAUCUAUUUUUCAGUGAGUUUUGUUAAAGAGUGCUUAAAGUCUGAUUAGGAUGCUGACACAAAAGGGUCAGACAUGCCUGCUUCAUGUUGUCAAUAUUUAGUAUAUUUCAAGAUGUUUUUAUAUUUAAGUUACUUGUGGUCAUUCUGACACACAAUAGUUAAAUAGUAGAAUAUUGUAUGUGUAAGAAUGAUCAUAAAUAACCAUAGCCUCUUUUUUUCCAUGAGAAGCAGUGAAUUGCAGUUGUUUGUCACUGCAGAAAGUCCGACUCAUAUCUGCAACUAUUCUGGAUGUUCUAUCGAGAACUAAACAGUAUAUACUGAGCAGUGGAUAAGAAAUGACACUUUUCCAAAUUCAUACAUAGUUAUAACUGUUUAAGCACCCAUAUAGCUUCACCUAAACAAGCAAGAAAAGUACCAAAUUUGCAGUGAUGUCUUCUUUUUUCAACCAGUAGCAGGGGAAGGAGGGCAAAGCAUUUCCUCUUAUGAUUUUAUGGUAAUGCUUCUGUUUUGUCUUUUUUUUCCUCUCUUUGCAAUCUUGUAUGCUCCCCGGUGCACCUGAAUGAUUCCACCAGUCCAUUUCUUGUACUUUUUUAAUUCUCAGGAUGUAAGAUGUGACUAUAUUAUUGUUUGUUGUAAUAAGACUGGAAGUAAUUUACAGUCCUCUUUAAAUGGAGUUUCCUUCGUAUCUUGUAAAAAGUAAUUGUAUAGUAACAGAAAAGCCAUGGUGCAUGAUAAAAAUAAGGACUGUGUAUAGACGAGGGACAUUAGACAGUGUGAUAAUGUGAUGCCAUUUUCUUUUGUCUUAACAUGUACACGCGCACAAAAGAAAAUAAAAAAAUCAGUGACUCAGCAGACAGCAGAAUGCAGAAAGCUUCAAGCUUAUAGUGUUUUAUUAAAGACUUGACCUUGAGUUGCCUGGGAGCGUGCUGGGCUUCAUUACUCUGUACAUACACUUGCCUUAGAUCUAACACUGAAUACGUAUGUCCUGUACACUGAAGGCUUGAAAGCAUGCUUACUGCUAUUUUUCUUGCAUUGUCUUUAAUACUGUAUUUCCAUGAGUACGGUUGCCAUGACUGUUUGUGUGGAAGAGAAGCAACACAAUCCAAAGGGAGCUUUGUAACCUUAGCGACCAACUGCAGCUUUGACAAAUCAACAGACGAGGAAGUGUAGCGAAGCGAUGCCACGUCACAGCAGGAGUUUUUUUCUGUUUUUGUUGAGCUUUAAAUAUCGUUUUUGUCUCGCUUUUAAGAUUGAUAAAUAUUUCAUCAUUCAUCGUCUUUGUGCAGAAUAUUAAACACACAGAGCACUUAAAAACUUGAAGUUCUUUUCAUAUUGAUGUUAGGCGCUUUCUUGAUAUGCAAUGAGUCCUGCAGUACGUAAACAUCACAAAGAGUUGGAUGCUAAAUAUGUUACCACUUUGUCCAACUUUAAAGGCAAUGAAUGGUUUCCUUUGAUCAUGUCAAAAAUCAUGUAUUCACACAAUAAAUGACUGAGUCCUCUGUUAUUGAAAUUCCAAUGUGAGGCCACGCUGAAGCAGAUUAAAAGAUCCUAAACAA